AUGAACUGUUUGCAGGUAUCACAGAACAGUAAAGUAAUUGUGGAAGUGCUUCCUGAUGAAAAAACUCAUAUUGGUUAUUGGACAAUUAUUCCUCUUUUCCCCAGGCUCAACCUUAGGAAAAUAUCUGAUACAGAAAAGGAAUCAGAGUUCUCCAUAGAUGCUUCACAUGAAUUAGCUCUCUAUAUUGGAGAAACAUAUCCUCUUCAACAUAAGCCUUCAUUAUUCUGUGAUAAACCUCGUGAAUCUUGUGCUUCCUACCCAAAUAAAAGGCCUACUUUAGAUGUUAAUGAAAUAUAUUUUGCUGUUAAGACGUGCCAUAAAUAUCAUUUGAAUCGUGUCCCUUUUGUUCAGAAAACAUGGGGUAAAGAAGCUAAAUAUAUCAAGUUUUUCAGUGACAUAGCAAAUGAAACAAUACCGACAACUGAAGUUGGCAUAAAAAAUACUGAAAGAGGCCAUUGCCUGAAAACGAUGAAGAUACUAAAGAUGGUCUUAGAAGAAGUAAAAGAAACUAAUGCUUUAAAAACUGUUAAGUGGGUGAUACUUGCUGACGAUGAUACAAUAUUAAGUGUAAAACGAUUACAAUCACAUCUCUCGUGUUAUUCUCCUGAUAUCAUUGUUGGUGAAAGAUAUGGGUACAAAGUUCUCAAUGGCCAUGGAUACAAUUACUUAACAGGUGGUGGAGGAAUUGCGUUUGGAAUAGAUACUCUUCAAGACAUAGUGAAGGUUUGCAACUGUCCACAAAUUGAUAGUCCAGAUGAUAUGGUCCUUGGCUUAUGUAUCGCUACACUUAAUAUUUCUUUGACCCAUUCUCCUUUGUUUCAUCAGGCAAGACCAAUGGAUUACCCCAGCAGUUAUUUGGAAAUCGAUUAUCCAGUGUCUUUCCAUAAACAUUGGAAUGUUGAUCCUAUGUUAGUGUACACUAAAUGGUUGUCAGUGCCUUCAAACAAUGUCUUCCAUAUUGAAUUGUGAUAUAACUUUGUUAAGAAAUAAAAAGGAAUAUUUUGUAAUGUAAUUAUAAUAAUUCAAUUCAUUGUUAUUUUUUUAAAUAUAUAAAGUGAAUUAAGUAAUGUUGAGUUAUAGAAAUUUAGUAGUAUUUGUGCAUAUAUACAUUUGUACGUUUCAUGUUAUAAUAAUAAAAUUCGUGAUGUAAAAA